ACUUCUUCCGCAGGGCGGAAAAGGCAUGUCUGCUUGCGCCCCAACCGUUUCUAGCCACCUUUCCUAGCAGGAAUCCAUGAGUAAGCUGUGGCGGCGCGGGAGCACCUCUGGGGCUAUGGAGGCCCCUGAGCCGGGGGAAGCACUAGAGUUGAGUCUGGCGGGUGCCCACGGCCACGGAGUACACAAGAAGAAGCACAAGAAGCACAAAAAGAAACACAAGAAAAAACACCAUCAGGAAGAGGAACCUGGGCCCACGCAGCCAUCUCCUGCCAAACCCCAGCUCAAACUCAAAAUCAAGCUGGGCGGCCAGGUCUUGGGCACCAAGAGUGUUCCCACUUUCACUGUGAUCCCUGAGGGAACUCGGUCACCCUCUCCCCUUAUGGUUGUGGACAAUGAAGAGGAACCUAUGGAAGGGGUCCCCCUUGAGCAGUACCGAGCCUGGCUAGAUGAAGACAGUAAUUUGUCCCCCUCCCCACUUCGAGACCUGUCGGGGGACUUAGGGGGUCAGGAGGAAGAGGAGGAACAGAGGUGGCUGGAUGCCCUGGAGAAAGGGGAGCUGGAUGACAAUGGAGAUCUCAAGAAGGAGAUCAAUGAACGGCUGCUCACUGCUCGACAGCGAGCUCUGCUUCAGAAGGCGCAGAGUCAGCCUUCCCCGAUGUUGCCAUUGCCCGUGCCUGGGGUCUGUCCUGCCCCUCCCCUCACCGAGGAAAUGCUGUUGAAGCGCGAGGAGAGAGCGCGUAAGAGGCGGUUGCAGGCAGCUCGGAGGGCAGAAGAGCACAAGAACCAGACUAUAGAGCGCCUCACCAAGACUGCAGCGCCCAGUGGGCGCGGAGGACGGGGAGCUGCAAGGGGGGAGCGGCGAGGAGGGCGGGCUGCGGUCCCAACCCCCAUGGUGCGCUACUGCAGCGGGGCACAGGGUUCCACCCUUUCCUUCCCACCUGGCAUCCCCACCCCAGUACCAGUGUCUCAGAGGCCACCUCCAUCUGGCCCCGCUCUGCGAUGCUCAGUACCUGGCUGCCCACACCCGCGCCGCUACGCCUGCUCCCGCACAGGCCAGGCGCUCUGCAGCCUUCAGUGCUACCGCAUCAAUUUGCAGAUGCGGCUGGGGGGACCCGAAGGCCCUGGGUCUCCCCUUUUGGCUACUUAAAACCCUUAACCUGGAUUCUGCGCCCUCUCCCCUGCCCAGAUUGUCUUCCCCACCCUAUUAAAUUUCAUCCAGUUACUCGA